UCUCGUCCCGUGCGAAGAAUCCGUUUCCGUUCUAAAUUUGCUUAGGGUUCCUUCUCUCUCGACAGUGAACGCAGAGAGAUUCGAAAAGAUGAAUCCAUUGACGCUGGUGAAGCGGAUACAGAGUAUAAACGCUAAGGAAUCAGAUUUAGGGAUCUCUGAUGAGGCGUCGUGGCACGCCAAGUACAAAGAUUCUGCUUACGUCUUCGUCGGUGGCAUAGCUUACGAUCUCACCGAGGGUGAUCUCCUCGCCGUUUUCGCACAAUAUGGUGAAGUUGUUGAUGUCAAUCUUAUCCGAGACAAGGGUACUGGGAAAUCCAAGGGAUUUGCGUUUCUUGCAUAUGAAGAUCAAAGAAGUACAACGCUCGCUGUUGAUAAUCUGAAUGGAGCUCAGGUGUUGGGGCGGACUAUUAGGGUGGACCAUUGUAGCGGUUACAAAAAGCUAGAAGAGGAGGAUGAAGAGACGCAACGGCAGAAGAGAGAGGCACGUGGUGUAUGCAGAGCUUUUCAGAAAGGAGAGUGUACUCGUGGAGAUUCUUGCAAAUUUUCCCACGAUGAGAAAAGAGCUGCAAAUACUGGUUGGGGUCAUGAAGAGGAUAGAAGUUCCAAGUGGGAUCAUGACAAGUUUAAUGGUGCUAAAAAGGGUGGUACGAGUAUUGGCUAUCGAGUAGAUUUCAAACCCGAGGCGGAAGAGAAGAGUUACAGAGGAAAGGGUCAUGGAGAUGCCUCAUAUGGCCAACCUAGAGAAAGAGAAAGAGUGGAAAGGGAGGAAAGAGAGCCAAGGUCAAGAGAUUCUUAUGACAGGAGGGAACAAAAGAGACCAGGACGUGUUGACGAUUCGCAGUCUAGAAGACACAAUGCCGACAAUGAUUAUGUAAGGGAGGACAAGAGAUCCAGAACAAAUGAUAGGGAGAAAUUGAAGGAAAGAUCUAGACGAGAUCAUAGCGACAGGGAAGGAGAAGGUUCAAGUAGGCAAUCAGAAACAUCACCGAGGCAAGAUAGGGAUUCUUCAAGAAGAGAAUCUCGCCGUCGCUAAAGGGAUAGAUAGUGGUAUGCAUAUUCAGUGGUUUUCAGUUGUAGCUAGAAUCUGUGGGAUUGAGAUUUGUUGUUCUUCGUAAGAGAGUUAAUCCCUGGGUUAUAUAAACUGCUUCAUUUCGUAACUGUCAUUCUAUGUUUGUCGUUAUACCGAGAGUUGUUGAAUUUACUGCUUGGAAUGAAAGAAGUCGUUAUAUCCUAUCGUUUUAUGGUUCACUUACAUUUUGCUAUCUUAUGUAUACUUUUCUGUUGAUAGUAGUCGUAGUGACCUAUGUUUAGAGACUCAGGUCUUCUACAGGGAGUGAUUCUGUAACAUAUGGAUUUAUGCAAGCGUCGCUGUUCCUGUCAUAAAAUAAUUUAAGAGGUAAC